CGGAGGGACAGCCCCUGGCGAGCGGGAGAGUGCCGAGAGGGGCAGCCCGUGAGCCCGCACCCUGAGUCUUUUCUCGGUCGGCCGGGCGCACGGUGCUUUGCGGCUGCCGUCAAGCGCGGCGGCGGAGGCCGGCCGGGCCGAGGGCGCCAUGGCGGCGGGCCUGCUGCCCAGCGCCGGGGUGCUGCUGGUGCCGCUGCUCUUGGGGCUCGCGGUGCUGAGCGUUGGGCCUGCCCCGGCGCGGGCUCUGCACAACGUCACGGCCGAGCUCUUUGGGGCCGAGGCCUGGGGCACCCUGGCGGCCUUCGGGGACCUCAACUCCGACAAACAGACGGACCUCUUCGUGCUGCGGGAAAGAAAUGACUUGAUCGUCUUUUUGGCAGAUCAGAGUGCACCCUAUUUUAAACCCAAAGUACAUGUAUCCUUGAAGAGUCACAGUACAUUAAUAACAAGUGUAGUCCCUGGUGAUUAUGAUGGGGAUUCACAAAUGGAUGUCCUGCUCACAUAUUUUCCCCAAAAUCAUAGCAACAAUGAAUUAGGAGCUGUUAUCUUCUGGGGACAAAAUCAAACAUUAAAUUCUAAAAACAUGACCAUACUCAGUAGGACUUUUCAAGACCAGCCACUGAUUAUGGACUUCAAUGGUGAUUUAAUUCCUGAUGUAUUUGGUAUCACAAAUGAAUCCAGCCAGCCACAGAUACUAUUAGGAGGAAAUUUGUCUUGGCAUCCUGCCUUGAGCACUACAAGUAAAAUGAGGAACCCGCACUCUCAUGCAUUUAUUGAUCUGACUGAAGAUUUUACGGCAGAUUUAUUUCUCACGACAUUGACUGCCUCGAAUACCUAUCAGUUUGAGAUAUGGGAAAAUCUGGGUGGAAACUUCUCUCUCAAUAAUGUCUUUGAAAAACCUAAAAACCUAGUGGUGAUUGGACAGUCAGCAUUUGCAGACUUUGAUGGAGAUGGACACAUGGAUCACUUGCUACCAGGCUGUGAAGACAAAGACUGUCAGAAAAGUGCCAUAUACUUAAUGAGAUCUGGAACAGGGAAGUGGGUUCCUGUGCUGCAGGAUUUCAGCAAUAAGGGUACACUCUGGGGCUUUGUGCCAUUUUUGCAUGAAGAACAACCAACUUCAAUACCAAUUCCACUCACCCUUCAUAUUGGAGACUACAACAUGGAUGGCUACCCAGAUGCUCUUGCUAUAUUAAGGAAUACAUCUGGAAGCAAUCAGCAAGCCUUUUUACUGGAGAAUGUUCCGUGCAAUAAUGCGAGCUGUGAGGAAGUACAUCGGAUGUUUAAAGUCUACUGGGACCUAGCAGGCCUAAAUCUAAUCAAAGACGCCAUGGUUGCCACCUUUUUUGAUAUCUAUGAAGAUACUAGCAGAUCUGCAUGUUCAUCAGCUGACCACAAGCAGACCCCACGGGUACCUGCACAGUGCAGAAGAUGCAUUCACUACGCUUGUAAACUGAAACAACACAUCUCUACUGUCACUUUAUGGCAAGGAAUCUUGGACAUUAUAGUACUGAGUAAAGGAUACACCAAGAACGACGCUGCCAUUCAUACACUCAAAAAUAACUUUGAAGCAGAUGCUUAUUUCGUUAAAGUCAUUGUUCUUAGUGGUCUGUGUUCUAAUGACUGUCCUCGUAAAAUAACACCCUUUGGAGUGAAUCAGCCUGGACCUUAUAUUAUGUACACAACAGUUGAUGCAAAUGGAUAUCUGAAAAAUGGCUCAGCUGGACAGCUCAGCCAGUCAGCACACUUAGCUCUCCAAUUACCUUACAAUGUACUUGGUUUAGGCCGAAGUGCCAAUUUCCUGGACCAUCUUUUUGUUGGUAUUCCCCGUCCAUCUGGAGAGAAGUCUAUAAGAAAACAAGAGUGGACAGCAAUCAUUCCAAAUUCCCAGCUGAUUGUCAUUCCUUAUCCUCACAAUGUCCCUCGCAGCUGGAGUGCCAAAUUGUAUCUUACACCAAGUAACAUUGUCUUACUGACUGCAGUAGCCCUCAUUGGUGUCUGCAUUUUCAUCUUGGCAAUAAUUGCCAUUUUACAUUGGCAGGAAAAGAAAGCAGACGAUAGAGAAAAACGACAGGAAGCACAUCGGUUUCAUUUUGAUGCUAUGUGACUUUGAUCAAAUUGUACAUAAUGGCACUUGCUUGAUUAAUGAAAUACCAAAUCUCAACUCAUAGUAAAAAAAUAAUGGAUUUGAGAUAUUUAUAAAUUAUGCCUUCACUGUCAAUUAUUGGAAAAUACUAAAAUAAAUAUGGUCUGGAUAUCUCAUAGGGUCUUUUUUUUAAGCACUUUGUAUGUAAUAAUUGGGGUUCUUUAUUCAGUAGUAAUGAACAUUUUUGUUCCUUUGUGGAAUAUGUUGCAUGUACUCUGUGUAUUUGCAUUUAUAAUUUUAUUAGAAUAAUGAAGGUGGAAAGACGUGUAAAUAAAAAGAUAUAAUAGGGAGCUGGGGAAGAGGCAUAGUUCCACCUGAAGUGAUCUUGCUUCACAUCUUAAAAAUGCAAACUAUGCUUUCACAAAUAUGUGGCAAAUAAAGUUGUUAAACUAACAUUUAUCACAUCAAAUCAGAGCUCUCAUGAAUGACACAGAAUGAAACUAAUUAGCCUGGCUUUGGAUCACAGUAGGACAGAUUGCCUUAGACACCUGACUCUACAAUCUAAGUUAUUUGAAUUUGGCUAUUGCUUGACCUCUCUGUUAGCCUCAGUUUUGUUUAUAUGAUGAGGUUAACUUGCCUGCUCACUUGAAUUAUCGUGAACAUUAAAUUGUAUGAUGUACAUGAUGUGCUUAGCUCAGGGCCUAAGCAUUAAAUAAGUGUUCAUCGAGCAGUAGCUGUCAUUAUUGCUAUUUUAGGUGAUUUUAUUUUACUACUGUAGAUAAUUAUCAUAAUAUAAGAUAGUUAUCUUAGACAUAAGAACAUAUUCUUUGGAAAACUUAAAUUCUUAGUGAUACAUACCUUAUAAAAAUAAUUUGUUCAACUAAUUAUAAUACUCUCCAAGAGUAAACAUGUCCUAAAAAUUUGUAUUUUAAUACUAACCCUCUUGCAACAAUGAACAGCAUUUGUUCUCUUAAAAGAAAACUAAUAUAUAGACAAGAAUCUGGAGGUUACAUGUGCCAUAUCUCUGUUAUCAAAUACGUGAAAAGUCUAUCUCGUUUCUAGUCAGACCUUGGAUUUUAUAUUGUGAACUCUGCAUUGCCAAAAUUUACUGUAAAAUUAUUUAAAUCAAGAGGUCAGGAGAGAUGUUGUAUAAUUAUUAUCAGAGCUAACAAUAUUCUGAUUAUUAAGACGUGCUAUGGCUAUAAAUUUCUCUGAGUUUUGUUCAUGUUAUCUUCUUCAUUACAGUUCACUGAAGGAUGUGUCCAGUUUUCUUUCUAUCUAAGCAUGUUAAUAUAUCUUCUUAAUAAAUAUUCCUUCCUGAAUGAAA